GGGGCCGCGGCCGCCCCUCCCCCGCCCGCGCCCCCGCCGGGGGGAGGGGCGCGCGGAGUGGGACUCUUUCCGUUUGGUCCAGCCCCGUCGUGCACGCAGUUCCCAACACUUCUCGUCAUCCUCUCUUUGGUCUCUUUAUUCUGCUGAGCGGUGCUGCUAGGAUUUCUUUCUUUUUUUUUUUUUUUCCCCUGAACACGUUCGCGAUGGUGGGUAGCAGCAAGGUGGUCCUGGCAGGGGAGGGGUCGAUGUCGAGAUCGGGCACCGGGGGGAAGAAUGUCUCUUUUCAACUUUGUCUGUGGCUUGCACCCCCGGAGAAGGCCACACGCCGGUUGUGGGGUGCAGAUGUGCCGAGAGUGAUUUCUAAGUAGUUGAGUUGUCGAGAUGAGGGUACGACUGCUAAUGGUAGGCAGGUUUUGUUUUCAUUGGUGAAUCUGGUGUCAUCAUAUUCCGAUCAUAUGUUGAAAUAUUCUUUGUUUAGGUCUUGAAGUAGAGGAUCUUACUCCGCACGUCCACAUUGUGUUGUUUUUAAAUGAUGUCUCUGCAAGUAUGGCUUUCUAGAAUUUAAAGUGUGAGUUAAGGUCCGGGCGUGUGCGGGCCUCAGCACUGGCCUUGACAGUGAACUUUGUGGCUCUGUUUUGGUUUUCAAAGAUUUGCUCCAUAGCUGGGGUGCGAGCUGUGGAUUUUAGUGUCAGGAAUGUAGAUGCUUGAGCUGGGGACGUUGGAGAAGGAAGAACAUUUAUAUAUUAAUAAUUGAUAGCUGAAUAUUAGAAUCAGAUUAAUUGGACUGAUGAAAGUUUUUUUUAAAGCAGUUAUGCGCUCUAGGAAGGAAGCCUUUUCAUAGGCACACUUUAAAGGGGUUCUUUAGGGCGCAGAGCUUGAAUAUCUCCUUUUAGAGAGGAUACUUGCCAACAUCUGUAGCUUCAUUGAGGGCCUGCUAAAGGGACUGAAACGGGGGCUAGGACAUCGAAGUGUACUUUUCAGCGUUUAUGUUGUUUGUUUACAUCUGAUGUUUACUCACGUUUGGGCAGUAGAAAUAAAUAGGUCAGCUUUUCUUUUGCUUUCUGAAGACUAGCCCCUUCCCCCAGCCCCCUUUUUUUCCUAAGUUUCACAAUUUACUUGGUUUCACAGCAUUGUAGGAAACUGUUACUACAUUUUUACUGGAAAUACUAUUAUUCAUUUUGAUUUUGCUUUGAUGGGUCCAUCCUUUUUCCCAUUCUGUCAUCUGGAAAGAGCUGCCUCAGAAAUACUCUUCUUCUGCUUACAUGAAGAACUCUAAAUGCUAUCCAGCAGGAGGUGCUGCAGCAAGAUAAAGGGAACAAGAGAACUGAAGGAGAGCCAGUUUCCCCAAAAUUGGACUUCUCAGAACCUUUAAUAUGCUAAUGUGCAUUGUGAAUCUCCAAGAGGGGGAUAUGAUAUGCAGCAUUCUUGAAUACUUCUAUUGACAGGGAGCCCACUACCUCAUAAGCUGCAGUGAGAAGAGGAGUUUGUUAUUUUAAACAAAGGCUGAAGAAACUGUAGAAUUAGCAGACAUAGAAAAAGUGGAGAAGGUAGAGGAUGGAGUUGCAGACUCUACAGGAGGCUCUUAAAGUGGAAAUUCAGGUUCACCAGAAACUGGUUGCUCAAAUGAAGCAGGAUCCGCAGAUAUUUUUUCUUUCCAAUCAGAAUGCUGAUUUAAAGAAACAGCUUCAUGAACUCCAAGCCAAAAUCACAGCUUUGAGUGAGAAACAGAAAAGAGUAGUUGAACAGCUACGGAAGAACCUGAUAGUAAAGCAAGAACAACCAGACAAGUUCCAAAUACAGCCAUUGCCACAAUCUGAAAACAAACUACAAACAGCACAGCAGCAACCACUACAGCAGCUACAGCAGCAGCAGCAGCACCACCACCACCACGCGCAGUCGGCCGCAUCCUCCCCCAGCCUGACUGCGUCACAGAAGACUGUAACUACAGCUUCUAUGAUUACCACAAAGACACUACCUCUCGUCUUGAAAGCAGCAACUGCGACCAUGCCUGCCUCUGUUGUGGGCCAGAGACCUACCAUUGCUAUGGUGACCGCCAUCAACAGUCAGAAGGCUGUGCUCAGCACUGAUGUGCAGAACACACCAGUCAACCUCCAGACGUCUAGUAAGGUCACUGGGCCUGGGGCAGAGGCUGUCCAAAUUGUGGCAAAAAACACAGUCACUCUGCAGGUUCAGGCAACACCUCCUCAGCCCAUCAAAGUACCACAGUUUAUCCCCCCUCCUAGACUCACUCCACGUCCAAACUUUCUUCCGCAGGUUCGACCCAAGCCUGUGGCCCAGAAUAACAUUCCUAUUGCCCCAGCACCUCCUCCCAUGCUUGCAGCUCCUCAGCUUAUCCAGAGGCCCGUCAUGUUGACCAAGUUCACCCCCACGACCCUCCCUACCUCCCAGAAUUCUAUCCACCCCGUCCGUGUCGUCAAUGGGCAGACUGCAACCAUAGCCAAAACGUUCCCCAUGGCCCAGCUCACCAGCAUUGUGAUAGCUACUCCAGGGACCAGACUCGCUGGACCUCAGACUGUACAGCUUAGCAAGCCAAGCCUUGAAAAACAGACGGUUAAAUCCCACACAGAAACAGAUGAAAAACAAACAGAGAGCCGGACCGUCACUCCGCCUGCUGCACCCAAACCAAAACGGGAGGAGAACCCUCAGAAACUUGCCUUCAUGGUGUCUCUAGGGUUGGUAACACAUGACCAUCUAGAAGAAAUCCAAAGCAAGAGGCAAGAACGGAAAAGAAGAACAACAGCGAAUCCGGUGUACAGUGGUGCGGUCUUUGAGCCGGAGCGCAAGAAGAGUGCAGUCACGUACCUGAACAGUACAAUGCAUCCCGGGACCCGGAAGAGAGGUCGUCCUCCAAAAUACAAUGCAGUGCUGGGGUUUGGAGCCCUUACCCCAACAUCCCCCCCAUCCAGUCAUCCUGACUCCCCUGAAAAUGAAAAGACAGAGACCACAUUCACUUUCCCUGCAUCUGUUCAGCCUGUGUCCCUGCCCAGCCCCACCUCCACAGACGGUGAUAUCCAUGAAGAUUUUUGCAGUGUUUGCAGAAAAAGUGGCCAGUUGCUGAUGUGCGACACAUGUUCCCGUGUAUAUCAUCUGGACUGCUUAGACCCUCCUCUGAAAACGAUUCCCAAGGGCAUGUGGAUCUGUCCCAGAUGUCAGGACCAGAUGCUGAAGAAAGAAGAAGCAAUUCCAUGGCCUGGAACUUUAGCAAUUGUUCAUUCCUAUAUCGCCUACAAAGCAGCAAAAGAAGAAGAGAAACAGAAAUUACUUAAAUGGAGUUCAGAUUUAAAACAAGAACGAGAACAAUUAGAGCAGAAGGUGAAACAGCUCAGCAGUUCUAUAAGUAAAUGCAUGGAAAUGAAGAACACCAUCCUGGCCCGGCAGAAGGAGAUGCACAGCUCCCUGGAGAAGGUGAAACAGCUGAUCCGCCUCAUCCACGGCAUCGACCUCUCCAAACCUGUAGACUCUGAGGCCACUGUGGGGGCCCUCUCCAACGGCCCGGACUGCACGCCCCCUGCCAACGCCAGCACCUCCACGCCGGCCCCCUCCCCGCCCUCCUCCUCCCAGAGCUGCACAGUGAACUGUAACCCGGGGGAAGAGACUAAAUAACAGAGCCCCGCUAGGAUAAGCCACGAGAUCCCGGCGGCAAGGAGAGCAAAACACUGAAGACUCUAGCAGAGCCGAGCCGGAGUUCUUCUGGAAAGUACAGAAUUCUUUUGGUUCUUUGGUUCCAGAGAGAGAGAAGAUGCUUGUGCCAGGUGGCACCAGAGUUUGCCAAUUGAUCCUUCUUAUUCUGUGUGUACAUGCAAAGAUUGGACCAUGUUACAUGAAAUAGUGCCAGCUGGAGGUUCUUUGCCAGCACCAUGCCAAGUGAAAUAAUAUAUUUACUCUCUCUAUUAUACACCAGUGUGUGCCUGCAGCAGCCUCCACAGCCACGAUGGGUUUGUUUUUGUUUGGUCGGGGUGGGGAAGCAGGGCCGGGCGGAGGGAGAGCAGGUUUCAGACCCUUGUUUGCCGAGCCGUCUGUCUGGGUGGAGAGACAAGUCCAAAGAGUGCGUGGGCUUUCUGUUUCUAAACUCUCACUACUAUAAAACCAAAAAGAGGAAAGGGAGAUUUCACCAACCCCAGUGCCCAGAGGAGGGGUGGGGGAGGGGAGGGGAGGGAGCCGGGGUGGGAACAGUGUACCGAAUAAGCAGUAUUUCAUAGUGCCUGGAGAGGGCACCGUGCCCGGAGACACGGACACCAAGAACCAGCCACCCGGUUCUUCUCCGGAGCACCCCGCUCCCAACCUUGGGUGCCCCCAUACUCCCCAGGUUCCUUCCCUGCUUUGGCAAAUUGGUGCCAUCCCCAUGGGUGAGCCGGUUACCUUCCCUCUCCAAGAACAAGCAGAACCAGGCCUCAGGUGGCCCUUGCCCGGGGCAGGGAAGAAGGGUGUGUGUGUGUGUCGAGGAAGGAAAAACGGUGGAUCAGUGAUUUUACUUGAAAACAAGCUCCAUCCCUUUUCUAUAUUUAUAAGAAGAGAAGAUCCUGAGUGAAGCAGCACGCGACCCAGGUGUGUGUGAAUCGAAUGGAGAUGUUUCUUUUCUCCCUUUUUUUUUUUAAUUUUUGUUUUUGUUCCUUUUUUCUUUAAAAAAAAAAGUUUUAUUUUGUUGUUUAUUUUACAUUUUUGGUAACAAAAACUAAAAUAAGGAAUAGAAAAGCUGUUUUUCAGGCUGACAGUCCAAUUAAGGGUAGUCGAGACCUUGCAUGGUAGAAUAGGAAUCAUAGUGUCAGUGAGGUCCAGUGAGUCUGUGUGAGUCCUUGUGUCAUCGUUCGGGGCACUGUUUUUUUAUGCAAGGGCAAAAAUCUUUGUAUCUGGGGAAAAAAACAACAACAACAACUUUUUUUUUUUUUAAUUAAAAAGGAAAAUAAAAGAUAUUGAGGUCUUCCUAGUGUUACUUAAAUUAAGAUCAAGGUAAGAAACAUUGUAAAAAAAAAUUACAAAAGUGCUAUUUGUUUCCUAAAAACAGUGAUUUCUAUUAAAAAGGUGUCAGAACUGGA